AUGGAGAACGAGAGCUCUUUACUAUUUCUGGUAGAAGAAAGAAUCAAAACCUUCAAAAAUUGGCCUUUCAAUGACAAGAACAAGUGUAACGUGCGAAAUAUGGCAGAGGCAGGUUUUUAUAGCGUAGCAACGGGUGUUGAAGACGCCGAUGCAGCUAAAUGCUUCUUAUGCGGGAAAGAACUAGAUGGCUGGGAGUCCACUGAUGAUCCAUGGAUCGAACACAAGAGCCACGCCGCUCAGUGCGCAUUUGUACAACUCGGAAAGAAAGAAGAUGACUUAUUACUUUCUGAGAAUCUAUCAGUUAUAAAACAGUAUAUGAUUAAUGAAACAAAACAGAUUGGUGAAAUUGCCAAAGAAAAAAUUGACAAAAAGGCUAAAUCAAUCCAAAGAAAAUGCUUAGCAAGGAAAUAA